AGACACACGCACCCCAUCACACCCUCUUGUCCGAGGCCCGGACGCGCGCGUGCACGGCUGCGGGGACACGGGCGCUGCGCGGGAGCGCGCCCGGAUAACGCGGACACCCGCACGCACACGCCGCGAGGGAAGGAGGCAGAGGAGCGAGAGGCGGAAGAGGAAGGGGGAGAGGCGGGACGGUCGCCCCCCCUUCCGGCGGCCCAGGCCGGUCCCUCGGCUCGGCCCGGCCCGGCCGGCAGUGCCAAGGUGAAGACUUUUCAUGGCAGUCUUACACUGUAUGGUCAAGGCUUUGAAAUUCCAAAAUCUGAAAGCAUUGAAGAGUCAGACUGUAGAUGCCAGGAUGGCUGCUGAUGGACAUUGCACAAACUGCCACUUGAUUCGCUAUAUGAUUAAGAAUGACUGCCUUUUGCGUCAUGAAACUUCUAUGUCAAGCAACCAGAAACGAGCAUAGAUACGCAAAAAGAUUCUGUGGUACUCUUCUGACACAAACACAACAGAAGAGGGUCUUCUCUCCGUUCUGGAUGGUGGUGUCUGACCCUACAAAGUCAGUGGUGUUUGGACUUACACAAGCAUUUUGUACAGCUGAAAAAUCUCCCAAGGAACUGAAAAGAAAAACGGCAUUUGGAAGUGUUGGGCGAAGAAUUCCCUAUCGGAUAUUGCACGUCAUCAACCAGGAUGGAGAGAGCUUAGGAAACAUGCACCGAGCAGAGGCACUCAAACUUAUGGAUCAACAUGACCUGAAACUAGUUCUCCUUCGUGAGAAUGUAGAACCUCCUGUAUAUAGACUAAUGACUGGGCAGCAGAUUCACGAAGAACAGAUGAAACGUGCAGAGAAGAAAAAAUCAAGUGCAAACCCAGGGAUGGUUCAGAAGGAGUUAUCCUUUUCUUCAACUAUUGCCAAGAACGACUUGGACACCAAGACUAAACAGAUAGCCCAGUGGAUUGAAAAGAAAUACCAUGUUAAAAUUACAAUCCGGCAAGCGAAGGAUAGCAAUGCAGACAUGUUCACGCUUUUUGAUCAGAUUUUGGAGACUGUGUCUGAUAAAGCCACUUACCUUUCCAAGCCAAAAGUUACUAGAGAAGGAGUGAGUACCUGUAUUUUGAGACACAUGUCUGACAAAGAGCUGAAAGCGUACCAGAAGAUGGAAAAACAGAGAAACAGUACAGAAAAGAAAGAUGAAGAUCUGAAGUCAAAUGAGUUGCAUCCGUGACUUUAUAAAAAGGUAUAAACAAUCUCUUAUUUAAAAACAAACACAACCCUAUAAAUUUAAUAAAAUUAUUGUUGAACUUUA